GUAUCUUAGAAUUGGAAAACAUGUGUAUAUAUUUAUUCCAGAAAUCGCAAUAGUUGUAUAGUCGCAAUCAAUCAGAAUGCAGAAAAUUAUUCCAUCAGAAAGAAAAAUUGUAUGAAAUGAUAGAUGAUGAAAAAGAAGAAGAGUACUAUCCAUCAUUCUUGCCGGCACGCUACAUAUUUGCCUUCCUCGCCAAUCUGGGCAUGGCAAUCGUGUAUGGACUAAGGGUAAGCCUGAACGUCACGAUGGUCGUCAUGGUAAACCAUUCGGCUGCUCUUCACGUCAGUCCUUCAGCGCCUACUAACAAAGAUAGGGGCUGUCAUCCGCCGUCGGACACCUCACCCAAUGCUAAAGUGGAGAACGGAAUAUUUAACUGGAGCGAAAGCUUGCAAAGUAAUCUGUUGAGCUGCUACUUUUGGGGCUAUAUGGUGUCGCAGAUUCCGUCGGCUCGCAUUGCCGAAAUCUAUUCAGCGAAAUGGGUAUUCCUCAGCGCUGUGGCGAUCAAUUUCAUAUGCACCAUAUUCUCACCGGUUCUGGCGAAGUUUCACUAUGCCGGGCUGAUGGCUAUGCGCAUUCUGAAAGGCGUUGGCGGUGGAGCGGCAUUCCCGUCGAUGCACAAUAUGAUAGCCAGCUGGGCGCCACAGACGGAACGGCUGCUGAUCGCCACCCUGAUCUAUGUGGGCACAUCGGCGGGCACGGCGACAUCGAUCUUGUUGUCGAACUUGAUCUUCAAUCAGAUUGACUGGGAGGCUGUCUUUUAUAUAACGGGUGGUCUGAGCAUCAUUUGGAUGAUACUAUGGGUAUUCCUCAUACAGGACAAUCCAAACAAACAGCGCCUGAUGACCGCAAAGGAACGUGACAUGAUUAACGCCUCGUUGGGCGAGGCACCUGCUGCACCCUAUGUACCCUGGUGCAAGAUCUUCAAAUCGGGUGCCUUUUGGGCAAUUCUCAUUGCUCACACCUGCAGCAACUUCGGUUGGUACAUUUUCGUCAUUGAGAUUCCGUCCUACAUAAAACAGGUGCUCAAAUUCAAUGUGUCGAAAUGUGCAGCCCUUAGCGCUUUGCCAUUUAUACUCAUGCCAAUAUUCAGCAUCGUACUUAGCAAGGUAUUGGAUAUAUUACAGAAUAAGAAUAAGAUUAGGCGAGUGACUGCCCGAAAAAUCGCAACGGGCAUAAGUUCAGUCGUGCCAGCCCUCUGUCUGUGUGGUAUGUGUUUCGUCAGAUGUCGUCACUAUGUUGCCAUUAGUCUCAUGUGUCUGGGUAUUGUGGGCGCAGGCGGCAUGUUCUGCGGCUUCCUCUCGAAUCACAUGGAUAUAUCACCACAUUUUGCUGGCACAUUAAUGGCUCUGACCAAUACUAUUGCCACAAUACCUGGAAUUGCGGUGCCUAGCCUAGUAGGUUUUAUCACCGACAAUUUUCAAACAAUUCAGGCCUGGCGAGUUAUCUUUGGUAUCACAAUUGGUCUGUAUAUUAUUGAAUUUGUUAUUUACAUGCUAUUGGCACAGGGAGAAGUGCAACCAUGGGAUGAGGGCUAG